AAGAAAGAAAGAAAGAAAGAAAGAAAGAAAGGGCUUCCAUUCCAUUUCCACAUUUCCUAUCCAUCCAUCCAUCUUUUUCGUUCUUCUCUCUCUGGGAGCCCUAGAUUCUCUCUUCUCUCACAGUCUCUCUCUUUUCUCCUCCGAUAUUUUCUCUAAACAAAAACAAUGGCAAACGCAGCAUCUGGGAUGGCUGUACACGAUGAUUGCAAGCUUAAGUUUUUAGAACUGAAGACAAAAAGAACUUACCGCUACAUUGUUUUCAAGAUUGAGGAGAAGCAAAAGCAGGUUAUUGUUGAGAAGCUCGGUGAGCCAACUGAUAGUUAUGAGGUUUUCUCUGCAAGCCUCCCUGCCAAUGAGUGCCGUUAUGCUGUGUAUGACUUUGAUUUUAUGACAGAGGAGAAUGUCCCAAGGAGCAGGAUUGUUUUCAUCGCCUGGUCCCCUGAUGUUUCAAAGGUGAGAAGCAAGAUGAUUUAUGCAAGCUCUAAGGAUAGGUUUAAGAGAGAGUUGGAUGGUAUUCAGGUGGAGUUGCAAGCUACUGAUCCUACUGAGAUGGGCGUUGAUGUUAUUAGAAGCCGCACUAAUUAAAUUUGAAGUGUGAGCUAUGCAAUGGAGAUCUUUCCAACUAUCUGGUUCAAUGUUUAUAGGUCGUGGAACUUAGAACUUGCUUUAAUCUAUGCUAAUGGCUUGGUGUUUAUUUAAAUUUUUUCUUAUUUUUUUGAGUGAAAGGCAAUUCGGCUUGGUGUUUUUUACAUUUAAAACUUCCUGAAUUGUUAUCUGUGGCUUUAUUGGGUAUACUAUUUAGUGUGAAACUAUACACACUACUUAUAUGCUGGAUUAUGAGGUACAUAUCAAUUUCAGUUUGCUCAUUUGAACCCUA